AUAACAUCUUUAGUUAAAGCACAAGAUUUUGCCUAGGUAAAUAGUCUCGAAGAAAUAAUAUGAACAUUUCAAAUGAAAACUACUUUCCUUGGAUGCCUCCACCAAUUCAAAAAGGAAUGCAUUCACUCUAUUUUGUAAAGAUAUUUCGAUUACAAUCUGUAACGUCGACCAUCUCGAAAACGAAACAGUAAGAAAAUAUAUUAGAAACUUUUUAGGUUUUCGAAAUAAUGAUAAACAAUCAUUUAAAGUUCCAGAAGAUCAUCCAAUAUGAAAAAAUGAUUGUUAUCAGUUUUAAUAGUUUUAAUGAUCUAUAUAAUAAAAUAAACCAAAGAAUAAUUUCAGUUAAUAAAGGAAGAAAUAAACUAUACGAUCUAAAAGAAAGGUUUGGUGAAGAUGCUAAAAAAAUGAUACUUAAUCCAUACCUAAUCCCACUUCCUGCAGCCGAACCAGAGGAUGAUCAAUGUUGUCAUUUUAAAAUUAAAAGAUCUAAAAUUGACCUUGCUCCAAUAACAUCUUUAGUUAAAGCACAGGACUUUGCCUUGGUUAAUAAUCUUGAGGAAAUAGUACGAAUAUUUCAAUUGAAAACUACUUUCCUUGGAUGUCCACAUGCCUCCACCUAUUCAAAAAAAUAUGCAUUCAUUCUAUAUUGUAAUGAUAUUUCGAUUACAAUCUGUAAUUCCGACCAUAUCGAUAGCGAAACAGUACGCAAAUAUAUCAAAUACUUUUUAGGUUUUCGAAAUGAUAAACAAGUAUUUGAAUCCCCACAAUCUGGACCAAAACAUUUUAAGUGUAGAGGUUGCCCUUCUAAAACCGAUGGUUCAAUUAAAAUGCGUGGUCUUAAAGCACCCAUAGAUGAAGGUUUCACUUAUUUUUGUUCAGUAAAUAACAAUGUAGAGAUUGAAGAUGAAGGAGAUGAAGAUGAAGAUGAAAAAGAAAAAGAAAAAAAUAAAAAAUAAAAAAUAAAAAAGAAUGCAGCGGUCACCAGAUCAAAAAGUACUUUAUUUAUGAAAUCAAAAUAAUAAAAUUAAAACAAAAAGUUAUUUAUUUAU